UCCGUCGUCCUGUGUGUGUGUUGUCAUUGAUUCCUUGUUUUCUUUGUAUACAUAAAGACACUUUUUAUACACCUGGACUUAGUUUUGUACCUUUUAGUCAUUAAUACACAUUGGUAAACGGAUAUUCUAAGCCGAAUCGACUCGCAAAAUGGAUGAAAAUGAGGAAGUUAGAGGAAGGACGGUGGAAAACCAGAAGCAGAAACUACGGAGGACUUCAUCGAGGACAUCUACUACGAGUGUCAUCAGCGCUGCAGAGCGGUCCCCGCACACACUGCGGAGAAACAACUCAAAGAAACCGCCAUUGAUGAGAGGCAGCUCGUUCACCUUCCUCACUCCAGGGACACCGUGGGACUUCAGUCUAAAAAGAAAGCGCAAAGAAAAGGAGGAUGACACCAUCAGUCUCUCCAGCUUUGACCUCAAGGAGCCCAAUAAUAAGCGAGUACGAUCCCUGGCCAAAGUGUCAUCCCUCGUCAACCUGAUAUCCCCGUCGAAAAAUGGAGCAGUACGCCGCUUUGGCCAGUCCAUUCAGUCAAUGUCUUUACGUGGUGAUGGGAAGUCACCGGGGACGACUCUCAAAGCUGCCAGCAAGGCCUCAGGUCCAACUCCCACCAAACGCAGGAACAGCACACUGUGGUCGGAGACGCUGGACGUCCAUCAGAAGAGUUCUUUCUCUGUUAAGGAAAUCAAAAGACAAGAGGCAAUUUAUGAGCUUUUCAGGGGUGAGCAGGACCUCAUUGAGGAUCUGCAACUUGCACGAAAGGCAUACCAUGAUCCGAUGCUCAAGCUCUCCAUCAUGACCCAGGAGGAACUAGCUCACAUUUUUGGUGACCUGGACGCAUACAUCCCCCUCCAUGAGUACCUACUCAUGAAGCUCACAGAGGGAACAGGGCCUGAUGGAACAGUAGCUCAGAUUGGACAGAUAGUAAUAGACUGGCUGCCUGGCCUGAAUGCUUAUAAAAACUACUGUAGCAACCAGCUCGCAGCCAAAGCUCUGCUGGACCAGAAGAAACAGGACAAGCGGGUGCAGGACUUCCUGCAGCGCUGCCUGGAGUCGCCUUUCAGCAGGAAGCUGGAUCUGUGGAGCUUCCUGGAUGUCCCACGUUCACGUCUGGUGAAGUACCCUCUGCUGCUGAGGGAGAUCCUCAAACACACUCCUCCUGAUCACCCAGAUGUAGCCAGCCUGGAGAGAGCGAUCACAAUAAUCCAGGACAUCUUGUCUGAGAUCAACGUGAGAAAGGGGGAGACAGAGUGCCAGUAUUACAUAGACCAACUGGAGUUCCUGGACGAAAAGCAGCGCGACCCUCUCAUAGAUGAGUGUAGGACCCUUCUAUGUCACGGCGAGCUUCGGACCAAGAGCGGUUCGAGGCUACACGUGUUCCUCUUCUCUGAGCUGCUGGUUCUGACCCGACCGGUGACGCGUAACGACAGAAGCUGCUUCCAAGUGUAUCGGCAGCCCAUCGCAGUAAGAGACCUGGUUCUAGAGGACCUCCAGGAUGGAGAGAUCCGCUUAGGAGGGUCAUUCAGGGGGGCGUUCACUAAUGGGGAGAAAGCUAAGAAUAUUUUCCGUGUGAGCUCCAUGGAUCCGUCCCACGGCCAGUCUCACACCCUGCACGUCAGCGACGUUUACCACAAGCAGCAGUGGCUCAACUGUCUGCGUGCUGCAAUCACCCAACAGCAGGGGGCUCCAACCAGAAGCCAGCAGGAGGAGUCCUUCCUCCCCUCUCCCAUCUCAUCAGCAAAGAUCUGUGACAAAGAGGCAGACGAGAACUGUCCGCCUGCUGCUUGCCCUACUAAGCUCAGGCGUCAGACGCUCUCUAAAAACAGGCUAGAGCAGAAGUUACAACGAUCACAAAGGAGGAAGGAAACUGGUGUGUAGACGGAGCUGAUUAGGGCCAGACACAUUGUCAGUAUGUGUCCAGUCAGUAAAAUUUCUGUCUUUGCUCUUAUAAUGCUUGCCUUUUGAGCUGCACUGAAAACCCCGUCCAAAAUGCGUUGUUUACGUCUUUAAAACAUGUAUUUAGUUUACAAUAAAAGAAAAGGCGAUCCCUGCCACUUGUUUUAUACCACUCGUUGCUCCCCCAGUUUCAUUCUGUUGUGAAUGUGUUUAAACUCUCAGUUAUCGUGUGAAUAGUUACCCGUUUAGUUAUUUGCUUCAAGAUAAAGGGAUGAGGAAACCAAGGUAACAUCUGAGUUGCUCACUGGAAGCUGCUGCUUCACACAGGUCUAAAAAUGUUUGAGAUGGCAAGCAAGAUAUCACUGUCCACAUGCAGUAAGAUAUGAACCUGUCUCGGAAAACAAAAUAAGAUGUAAAUAUAUGUAAUCUGUGAAAAUCUGAGUUAGAGGACAAAAUUAAGUAAAACAUGUUUGCUUGUUA